UGAAAUAUUUAUAGCAUAAAACUAAUGCAUUUCAAGACUUGGCUUAUCGUUCUCCAUUGAUGACUUGAAAACUUAAAAAUAGGCGUCUUUUAAAGGUGUUCCACAUUUUAAUAACUAUGAUUGUUAUUAAAUUAAAUUUUUUAUUUCCAGUAUUUUCAUAAAUUCAGCCUAUUCCAUAGCUUACUCAUCACAUUGUUGAAGUUUAUCAAAGACCCGAUAGAUAGUGACAUUUAAUUGGAUAUUUAUCAACAGUUUGACAUCGACAAUUGCCGCUAAAUUGAUUUAUUUAGUAACAAAAUGAUAAAGUCUAAAAGUCGCUAAAGUUUGCUGACCAACCAUGCCGUCUCUCUUAAGCAAUGUUUACUGUACUUGGUAGUAUUUACUGCUGCUGCUGCUUGCUCUUUUUGAAGUUGCCCCUUUUUGCUUUGCGCUCUUUUAUUUUUUGCGGCGUUGCUUUCGUCUUUCGUGCUGACACGAAUCAUCAUGGCAAGCGGAGCCAGCCAAGCUAAGCCAAGCCAGCUACCACUCACCAUCUACCUAUUUCUAAGCCAAGAUCGAGUCAGUUGGCUCUUGGCCGUGGGAGAGCGUGGAAGCAGAGGCCCAGAACCGGAACAUAAACCGCUGGCCAUACAGAAACUGAAACCGAAAACAAGCUCUGCGAUCUCGUGUAUUGGAGAGCAGGGGUAUUUUUAUGUGGAACUCGGUGGCGCACGAACUAAAAGCUCAGCAAAGACCCAGAGAGCGAGGAAAAUGUGCGCCAGCGCUGACCGUGGAAACUUGAUACGCGCCCAGGUGUAGGCCAAGAGAAGACCACAUGCUCCUCCGCCAGCAGCUGCCUCUGCUGCUGCCACGUUCAAAAUAGAAAGUGCUGUUCGGCGGCUGCCAAAGAUGAAACAAACCGCCGCAGAAUGAGCGAAUCGGAGCCGAAUAGCCUGGAGUUCAUUGAGGACUCCUACCUGCCGGGCAUCGAUGAUCUCACCACCUUUACCCCGUCACUGGAUCCGGAUCCGGCGCUCAGCGAUGACGAUGAUGCCUUGGAUUGGUACGGCGAUGCGCCCGAGGAUAGCGAAGCGGAGCUUUAUCUGCGCAACCUAACGCUAGAUCAAAUCUUUUACGAUGUGGACUCGGACUACACCAACAGCCUGGAGCUGCAGGCCGUGGAAACGGAGUUCAUGGGCGCCAAGCUGGCUAACCAGGCGCCCACCGCCUCGAUGGCCAAGCGCUUCCGCCUCAAGUUCUUCGCCAAGCGAACUAUGCGCGACCUGAAGGUCACGUUCAUAGACUUCUCCAAGCCGUAUCUGGCCAAGAUUUCGAACAGUGAUAACUACAAGAGAUUCCUCAAUAUAGCCCAACGUAGUAGAGGUACUAAGAUGGGGGUUCCAGGCGUAGCUUAGGGUUCUUCUCUUGUCAUAUUUCCCCGUUUAAGCCCAUGACUAACCGAAGACUAACUUCUCUCUGUCUCUCCCUCUUUCUUCUCGUGUGCUGCCGCCUUUCGGCCCGACAGUUUGUGAGUAUUUAACCAAAAACUAAACCCGAAAACUAACCUAAUUAUCCAAACUCAUGUCUUUGCAAUUGUACAAAACCAAAACGAACUAACCGAAUUCGGUGUACUC